UUGCUCCAAGCCCAGCCGCCUCGGCCACCCAUUGAUAAAAUUUUUUUCUGAUUUUUUUUCUUGCUCUGAUCAGUUUUAUUUGAUUUAGUGAGAAUUUUUUAUUAUUGUAAAAAUUGGCUUUUAAAAGUUCUGAUCUUUUGCCAAAAUGGCAAAUAUCGACUAUAUGAUGGACCCGGGGUGGAAGUACUUGCGGCAGGCACAGGAUGAGGCAUUAAAGGAGCAAGCAGCUCGUCGUUUCGACAACAAGACUCAUGCAUGGGUACCAGAUGCAGCUGAGGGGUUCGUGACUGCUGCAGUUGCAGUUCAAGAAGGCGACAAUCUGACAUUCACCAUGCCAGAUGGUACACCAAAGAAGCUCACCAGAGCUGAAGUUCAGGAGAUUAAUCCGGCGAAAUUCGAGAAAACCGAGGACAUGAGCAAUCUGACAUUCUUAAAUGAAGCAUCUGUUCUUCAUAACUUGAGACAAAGAUAUUAUUCCAUGAUGAUUUAUACUUAUUCGGGACUUUUCUGUGUGUUCAUCAAUCCCUACAAGAUGCUUCCAAUUUACACGGAUUCCGUUGCCAGUAUGUAUGUGAACAAGCGUCGUGCGGAAAUGCCACCUCACUUGUUUGCUGUCUCUGAUGAGGCUUUCAGAAAUAUGAUGUCUGACAAGGAAAAUCAAUCUAUGCUUAUCACCGGAGAGUCUGGAGCCGGAAAAACUGAGAAUACCAAAAAAGUUAUUGCAUACUUUGCAAUGAUCGGAUCCGGAAACAAGGAUCAGAAAUCGGAAUCAUCAUUGGAAAAUCAGGUGGUUCAAGCUAAUCCAGCUAUUGAAGCAUUUGGAAAUGGAGCAACUACCAGAAACUACAACUCUUCCCGUUACGGAAAAUUCAUUAGAAUUCAUUUUGAUAGAAAGGGAAAAUUGGUUGGAGGAGAUAUUGAGCAUUAUCUUCUCGAAAAAUCUCGCGUGAUCAAACAAGCUCCCGGAGAGCGUUCCUAUCACAUUUUCUAUCAAAUCAUGACUCAGAAGGCGUUGAGAGAGAGAUACGGAUUGAGUGACAACAUUCGUGACUACAAAUUUGUAUCACAAGCCGAGAUUACUGUCCCAGGAAUGAAUGAUACCGAGGAGUGGCAAAUCACUGAUGGAGCAUUCAACGUGAUGGGCUUCUCGGAACGCGAGAAGGAUGAUCUUUACAAACUGUGCUCCGCCAUUAUGCACAUUGGAAACUCGACAUUUAAGCAAAAGCCAAGAGACGAACAAGCUGAGGUAGAUGAUAUGACGAGUCCAACUGCCGCUUGUAAACUAUUUGGAAUUAAUACUGAUCAAUUCUUGAACGCUUUGACGAGACCAAGAAUAAAGGUUGGAAUGGAGUGGGUCAACAAGGGGCAGAAUGUCCAACAGGUCGACUGGGCAGUUGGAGCAUUGUCCAAAGCAAUCUACGCUAGAAUGUUCAAUUGGCUCAUCAAAAGAGUUAACAAGACACUUCAAGCUAAUUCAGAUGAAAUGGUUUAUUAUAUUGGAGUACUUGAUAUUGCUGGAUUCGAAAUUUUCGAUCGCAACUCUUUUGAGCAGCUGUGGAUCAACUUUGUAAAUGAGAAGCUUCAGCAAUUUUUCAAUCAUCACAUGUUUGUUUUGGAGCAAGAAGAAUAUCAAAGAGAGGGCAUUGAAUGGACUUUUAUUGAUUUUGGACUCGAUUUGCAGUCCUGUAUUGAGUUGAUUGAGAAGCCUCUCGGUAUUGUGUCAAUGCUUGAUGAGGAGUGCAUUGUACCAAAAGCAAGUGACAUGACAUAUGUAGACAAACUUCUAACUCAACAUCUCGGAAAGCAUCCAAACUUCCAAAAAGCCAAACCACCAAAGGGAAAACAAGCUGAAGCUCACUUCUCAAUUAUGCACUACGCUGGAACAGUUCGAUACAAUGCUGAACAGUGGUUGGAUAAGAAUAAGGAUCCAUUGAAUGAUUCGGCAGUUGCUAUAUUGAAGACAAGUGAUAAGGAAGGUGUGCUUUAUCAGUUAUGGGAGGAAUAUCAAACAGAUGUUGAUAGAGAGGAAAGUGAGAAAAGAGGAAAAGCUCAGGCAAAGAAGAAGGGAAAAUCUGCAUCGUUCCUUACUGUUUCGACUAUGUACAGAGAAUCAUUGACUUCUUUGAUGACUAUGCUUCACACAACACAUCCUCAUUUUAUCAGAUGUAUCAUUCCAAACGAGAAGAAGACAUCUGGAUUAAUCGAUGCUCCAUUGGUUCUCAAUCAGCUCACGUGCAACGGUGUGCUGGAAGGAAUUCGAAUUUGCAGAAAAGGAUUCCCCAAUAGAAUGAUGUUCGCCGAUUUCCGAUUCAGAUAUGCUAUCCUUGCAGCUGAUGAAGCUUCUGAUAAGGAUGCGGCUAAGGCUUCAAAGGCAAUGCUCCGUAAGUUGAGCAAGAAUAAUCAGCUGAAUGUGGAUACUUUCAAAGUUGGAACCACGAAGGUGUUCUUCAGAGCUGGUAUGUUGGCUCGUCUGGAAGAACUGCGUGAUGAGGCUCUGUCUGCAGUCAUCCUUAAGUUCCAGUGCUCCCUUCGGCAUUAUCUUGCUCAGCUCGAGUACAAAAGAAGGCUCGAUCGUGAGGACGCAUAUCCGAUAAUUCAGGAGAAUAUUAGAGCUUGGAUCAAACUACGAUCCUGGCCUUGGUAUCGUCUAUUCUCGCGUCUGAAGCCUAUGCUCAAAGGAAUGAAGUCGAACGCCGAAAUUGAAGCUCUUGAGAAGAAGUGCAAGGAAUUGGAGGAAAACCACAAGAGAGAGGAAGAGGCUAGAAAGAAAUAUGCCGAUGAGCUCAGAGCCAAAAUCGAUCAAUACGAGGAGACAAAAGCUGCUCAUGAGCGUGACCGUAUGCUUUUAGACAAGCGUAACAAAGAAAUCGAAGAGCUGAACCGAAACCUCAAAGCCGAAUCCGAAUCGAAUUAUGAGAAUGCCAAAAAGGCAUCUGAACUCGAGAGAUUGAGAGAGAAGGAGAAAAAGGAGUGGGAUGAGAAAGAGAGAAGAAUGCAGAUGGAGGCUGAAAAUGAGGCGAAUCAACAUAAGACUCAAACUGAAAAACUCAAGGAUCAAAUAUCGACAUUGCAAACUGAUUUUGAGAAGGUGUCAGCUCAAAGAAAGGCUCAAGAACAAAUGAAUGCUGAACUUGUUGAUGAAGUUGCAUCGUUCAAGCAGAAAGCCGAACGCGCUGAGGAACAAAAGAAGAAGCUCGUCGAGGAUUUGGACAGCUUGGAUGAUAAGUUGGCGGCCGAGAAAAGAGCUAACAAUGAGCAUGUUAAGCACAACAAGAAGCUCGAGGGACAACUCAAGGCCACUCAGACUCAGCUGACAUUGGCUCUCAAGGAGAAACAUGAAUUUGAUGUGGAUUGCAAGAGACGUGAAUCUGAAAUUGGAGAGCUGAAGCUUAAAGCACAAGGAGACGCGAAUUUGAUCUCGAAGCUUCAGGCAAUGCUCCGCAAAUGUAUUUCUCGAAUCGAAGAACUUGAAGAGGACUUGUUGGAGGAACGUAAACUCCGAAUGAAGGCAGAACGACAGUUCAAUGAGCUCCGUUCUGAAUACGAAGUUCUCCAAGAGCAAAUGGCUGAAGCUAGUGGACAACUUACGGCGGAAGCUCAUAUCAACAAAGUUCGCGCUGAGGAAGUGUCGAACCUUCGACGAGAUUUACAGAAAAGAAAUUUGAAUCAUGAAGCUUAUAUUUCGGAUCUAUGCAAUAUGCAAUAUGCAACUGUCAACAAUUUGAGAAAUUUGUCCCAGCAAUCCGCAACUCUGGAAUCUGAAGCUCUUCGUAUUUUGGAUCACCGCCGUGCCCUCAGCAAGCAACCACUUCCGAGAGUUUACGUCGAGGAUCCGGAUAGUGAUUCGGACUAAAGAAAAUUGAUAUAUUUUACCAAACCUUCUCUUUUAGUUUUUUUUCUUGUACUUUAUCUUCUGACCCUCUUUACUCUGGCGCCAACUACUCAAAUAAUUUCACUUUCAGUUUUACUCUUUCAAUUUUAACUGUUUUUUUUUUCUUUUUCUCUUUUUCUCUUUUUCAAUUUAUGAUAAACCAAUUCACCUUUUUC